AUGGCUAUCCUCGAUUACAUCGGUUUGGGCCGCCAGACACCUGCUGCCAAGGACGAAUCAAACAGCCCCGUGCGUGCUCUGCCAGCGAGCUGGUACACGUCUGAAGAGAUGUACCAGCUUGAAAGACGAGCCAUCUUCUCCAAGCGAUGGAUGCUCAUCACGCACCGGGCGAGACUCGACCAAGCGGGAGACUACCUGAAGUUCGACAUUGCCGGCUACGAGUUCGUCCUAUGCCGGGAUCGCAAGGGAGAAAUCAACGGAUUCCACAACGUCUGCCGCCACCGCGCAUUCCCCGUCGUCGAAAGCCAGCAAGGCACAGCCAAGAUCUUUGCGUGCAAGUAUCACGGAUGGUCGUACGGGCUCGACGGAAGACUCGCAAAGGCUCCCAAGUACGACGAGCUUGAGAACUUCGACAAGGGCCAGAACGGGUUGUUUCCCAUCCACGUGCGCGUCGAUGCCUGCGGGUUCGUCUGGGUAAAUCUCGAUGGUAACAAGACCCCCGAGGUGCCGUGGGAGGAGGACUUUGACGGCGUCGAUACCCAGAAGCGCUACAUGGUGUACAACUUUGACGACUACGUCCUCGACCACGAGUAUAGACUGGAUGGCGCGUACAAUUGGAAAAUCCUGGCCGACAACUUCAAUGAGUGCUACCACUGUCCCACCGCACAUCCGGACAUUCCGACACUGGCGGAUAUCGAGACCCACGACGUUGCCGGCAUUGACGGGUACAUUACGCACCAGUCGAUCCCUACAGAGGAGCAGAAGAGGCUCGGCAUGGCCAUAGCCAGCACCUAUUUCUUCCCGAAUGUUUCCAUUUCGGUUUUACCACACUUCAUCAUGCUCCAGAGGUUCCUGCCGCACGGGCCCAAGAGCUCGUCCAUGCACUACCAAAUCUUUCGGAACAAACACUCGUCGGAGGCGGACUUUCAGCGCAUCCACCAGCUGUACGCCAAAGUGGUGGCCGAGGACAAAAACCUGUGCGAACUCGCUCAGAAGAACCUCAACGCGGGGGUCUUCGUGAACGGCCAAAUGCACCCCCGGCUCGAGAAGGGGCCAUUGUACUUCCAGCAGCGUGCACGCGAGGCCAUUAAGCAGCACGUCGCGCAGGAGAAGGCCGCCAGGCGCGAGAUCUGGCCUGCCCAGCAGCGUCUGCCGGGCGAUGCUGCGGCAGCAGUGAGCAAGGAGGAUGUGGACCUCUGCUCCGGCCUCGCCUGUCGGUCUGAUCAGGCUGGGCAAGCUGGUCUGGAGUGGUGA